AACUCCAUAGACAGGCCAGAACAGCCAGCCUUGCAGCCUGAGAUAAGGCCUUUGGUGGGUGUCUCCCCUAUCACUCCCUCAAGUAGGUGUUGGGGAGAGGGGUGAUGCCUGGUGCCGGUGGAACGUCUGCACGGAGACGAACCAGGAUGGGCUCUAAGUACCCCCCAUCUGUCCGGGGCUGCCUGCCCCUCUGGGCCCUAACACUGGAAGCAGCUCUCAUUCUUGUCUUCUUUUUUUUCACCUACUACGACACUUCCUUAGAGGAUCAAAAGGUGCUCAUGGCGUUCUAUCAAGUCUGCCAAGAUCUGACCGUGAUGGCGGCCCUUGGAUUGGGCUUCCUCACCUCGUCUUUGCGAAGACACGGCUGGAGCAGCGUGGCCUUCAACCUCUUCAUACUGGCCCUUGGUGUGCAGUGGGCAAUCCUGCUGGAUGGCUUCCUGAGCCAGUUCCCUCCUGGGAAGUUGGUCAUCAAACUGUCCAGUAUUCGGCUGGCCACCAUGAGUGCUAUGUCAGUGCUGAUCUCAGCGGGUGCUGUCCUGGGGAAGGUCAACUUGGUGCAGUUGGUGGUGAUGGUGCUGGUGGAGCUGACAGCCUUUGUCACCAUGAGGAUGGUCAGCAGAAAUGUCUUCAGUACAGAGGACCACACAAACAUGAUGUGCAUCCACGUGUUCGCAGCGUAUUUUGGGCUGACUGUGGCCUGGUGCCUGCCAAAACCUCUGCCUGAAGGAAUGGAGGAAAAAGAACGGACAGCAACAAGCCCCAGUUUGUCUGCCAUGCUGGGAACCCUCUUCUUAUGGAUGUUCUGGCCAAGUUUCAACUCCGCUCUGCUGAGAAAUUCAAUCGAAAGGAGGGAUGCUGUGUUCAACACCUACUACGCCCUAGCGGUCAGCGUGGUGACAAGCAUCUCAGUGUCAUCCUUGGCUCAUCCCCGAGGGAAGAUCAACAUGACUUACAUGCACAAUGCGAUGCUGGCAGGAGGUGUGGCUGUGGGUGCCUCGUGUCACCUGAUCUCUUCUCCUUGGCUUGCCAUGGUGCUGGGUCUUGUGGCGGGGCUGAUCUCCAUCGGGGGAGCCAAGUGCCUGCCGGUGUGUUUUAACCGAGUGCUGGGGAUUCACGACAGCUGCGGCGUGCACUACACCUUCGGCUUGCCGGGUCUGCUUGGAGAGAUCACCUACAUCGCGCUGAUGAUGCAUCAGGCUGUCUGGGCCAAUGUGGGAAUGUCACUUGGCUGGAAACUGGCUGUAAAAAUGGCUGAAGCAGGUGAUGAGGAGCUGAUGUAUUUGGAGGCAUCUCAGAGAAAUCAUGGAGGCGCUGGGGUUCCUUCCAGUUCUUGGAUGCCUUAUACAGAGACAACCGUGGCCCCAGAUUAUAGGGAUCACAUAUCAGUGGUUUCCUCAUUUGGCUGUUGGAUUUUAAGCAAAAGCACCCAAGAAAAACAAGGCCUGUUCAAAAACAAGGCAGCUUCCUUUUGCUGGUGCCCACUCUGUGAGAAACACUCAUGACAACAAAGUCUCCUUAUGUACAAUGAAACAAGGUCAAAGACAGAUUUGAUAUUAAAAAAUAAGACUAAAAACUUGUUUAAGAAUCAAUUUAAUAACAAUUUAAAAUAAAUCUGUAUUUUCAUUAAGAUGAUGCUAUUGAUAUUUUCUUGGUUACAGACACAUUAUUAAAGUUUUGGGUAAAUUUUAUUGACACUUCUUAAGAUUCUUUCUCAUGCUUAAUAAAGUGUGCUACCUAGUUAACUCUUGUUUACAUUAGCAAAGCAGAUAAUACAAAACAGAAAAAAUAAAAAUUCACUGAUACUUAGUGCUUGUGAGAAUCGUGCUUUUAUCCUAGCGGUUUUACACGGUAGCUGGCGUUCCCUGAGCAUAUUCUGAAUUGCACUGUAGGGAGAGGCUGUGCUCAGUUGCAGGGUCGGGGGAUGCACUGCCUCAGGAUUAAAAAACUAGUUCUGUGACCUUGAGGAAGUCAUUUAAAUUUCCAUGGUCUGGGUUCCCCUCCUGUGUAAAAAGAGAAGGUGGAGUUCAACCUCUAGAAUCUUCUCCAAUUUUCACAUUUUAUGGAUCUUUGUAGAAAAAA